ACGACGACGUUUCUUAUAUUCCGCCUUCACAUCGGCCACCCAUGCCCUUGCCGCCAACCCCAUGGAAGCCGUGUAGACAAGUAUCCUCUUGGUGAGCGCCGCAUUCAUCCAAGUUUCCGCGUUGCUCAUCUCCCACCGGAACGUUUCUCUCCGGCGUAAGUGCUUCAGUUCGCUCAACCUAUUGCUCAGACAGUCCACCGAAUCUUUGACAAUCGCCGAGCGCUAGUCGUUCCUUCUUGCUCCUACGUUUCGUAACCGAAGCCUGAGCCACUAGGGACUUGGACAGCUUGGUCGCCGAAAGAGGCUGAACUUCGAUACUACCGGAUUUUCCAGUACGUUUGGUGUUAGUCCAGCAUGGAAGGCAUCGACGUGGAGGGAAGCUCAAUGAUCUCGACUGAAUUGCAGUCGGAUGAAUUCUGUGAGUCGAUCCUUGAUCGGUUCUCAAGUUCUACGCAAGAGGAUCACCAGCACCUUUGUGCAGUGCUAGGCACCAUGUCUCAGGAGCUCAAGGACCAGAACAUCCCUCUGACGCCAGUUGCCUAUUUUGGCGCUGCAUGCUCCUCCCUCGACCGUCUCUCCUCCGAACCAGACCCUGCCGGGCACGUUAUUGAGUCCUUCAUGACCAUUCUUUCCCUAGUGCUGCCCAAAAUCUCGCCUGCAAUUUUGAAGAAGAAGGGAGAUUUUACCUCGGUUCUCCUUCUCAGGGUUCUCCGGUCGAGUUCGGUUACGGCUGGUUCGGUUGUUUCAGGUUUAAAAUGCGUGUCUCAACUAUUAAUCACCAGAGAUCCAGCUAAUUGGUCUGACUUGUCUCAGUUGUACCCUCUUUUGUUGGUUUACAUGACUGAUUCUCGUUCUAAGGUGAGAAGGCAGUCGCAUCAUUGUAUCCGUGAUGUCUUACAAAGUUUCCAAGGGACACCGUCACUGGCCCCUGCUAGUGAAGGGAUCAUGAACACAUUUGAAAAGUUUCUUCUACUGGCUGGUGGAUCAAAUGCCAAUCCUAAUGAAGGUCAUGGAGGAGCUCUAGAGGUUCUCCACGUUCUAGAUGCACUUAAAGAGUGUCUUCCUCUGAUGUCAAUGAAGUACUUGACUUCUGUGCUUAAGUACUUCAAAACUCUAUUGGAACUUCGCCAGCAACUUGUGACAAGGCGCAUAACAGAUAGUCUGAAUGCAGUUUGUCUUCACCAAAAUGCAGACGUUCCAGCUGAGGCACUGCUUGACCUUCUGUGCUCACUUGCCUAUUCUGUCUCAUUGAAUGAAUCGUCGGCUGAUGCCAUGACCUUCACUGCUCGGUUGCUGAACGUGGGUAUUAAGAGAAUUCAUGAUCUUAAUAGGCAAAUAUGUGUAGUUAAGCUCCCCAUGGUAUUCAACGCACUUAAAGAUAUUUUGGCAUCGGAAUAUGAGGAGGCCAUAUUUGCAGCCACAGAAACAUUGAAGGGUCUGAUAGAUACUUGUAUUGAUGAAAGUUUAAUUAUGCAGGGAGUGAAUCAGAUUAGAAACACAAACUUGGAUGAGCGAAAAUCUGGGCCAACUGUCAUUGAAAAAAUAUGCUCAACUAUUGAAAACUUACUUGAUUACCGCUACAGUGCUGUCUGGGACAUGGCACUUCAAGUUGUUUCAGCUAUCUUUGAUAAAUUAGGUGCUUAUUCUUCUUAUUUCAUGAGAGGAACUCUUAAGAAUUUGUCAGAUAUGCAGCAUUUGUCAGAAGAAGAUUUUCCAUAUAGAAAGCAGCUACAUGAAUGUGUAGGAUCAGCUCUUGGUGCUAUGGGGCCUGAGACAUUUCUAAGCCUUCUGCCUCUGAAGUUGGAGGCUAAUGAUCUUUCAGAGGCAAAUGUCUGGCUCUUUCCAAUUCUGAAGCAAUAUACUGUUGGUGCUCGCUUGAACUUCUUCACAGAGGUCAUUUUGGGUAUGGUUGGAAUCAUAAGGCAGAAAGCCCGAAAGCUUGAGAUGGAAGGACGAAUUUUCUCAUCAAGGUCUGCUGAUGCUCUUGUCUACUCUUUAUGGUCGUUGUUGCCUUCAUUUUGCAACUACCCAUUGGAUACUGCUGAGAGUUUCAAGGAUCUAGAGAAAAGUUUAUGUGCUGCCCUUCAAGAACAACGAGAUAUUCGUGGAAUUAUAUGUUCCAGCUUGCAGAUUCUGAUUAAACAAAAUAAAGAAAUUGCAGAGGGCAAAGAUGUUUUAUCCAGUGUUGAUGCAAGUACUGCUAUGCAGUGUGCUCUAUCCCACUAUACCCCGCAGGUUGCAACUGGCAAUUUGCAAGUACUUCGGUUGUAUUCUCGUGAACUGUUAUCCGUUUUGUCAGGGAUCUUCAUGGAAUCAGAAAAAGACUACGGUGGUUGCUUACAGUCUUUGAUUGGUGAGUUUGCUUCCAUAGCGGAAAAAAAAGUUACCAAAAUUUUAUACAGAAAGGCAAUGCACAAGCUUUUGGAAGUUACACAGUUGGCUGGAAAGCCUGAGAGCUCCAGAAAUAAUUGUAUGCAGAUUGAUGAUUUGUCAAACCAAAAGUCACCAUCUGUUAUAAGGGCACGUCUAUUUGACCUGGCAGUUUCACUUUUACCUGGUUUGGAUUCUGAAGAGAGUGAUGUCUUAUUCACUGCGAUAAAGCCUGCAUUACAGGAUGUUGAAGGUUUGAUCCAAAAGAAAGCAUACAGAGUUCUUUCAGUUCUUCUCAAGAAGGAUGAAUUUCUUUCACCAAAGCUUGAGGAGUUGCUCGGGCUUAUGAUUGAAGUGCUGCCAUCAUGUCAUUUUUCUGCCAAGCGCCAUAGACUUGACUGUUUACAUUUUCUAGUAGUGCGUGCCAUCUCUAAGGAUGGGUGGGAGCAAAGGCGGUGUGAGAUUCUUAGUUCUUUCCUAACUGAAAUAAUACUUACUCUGAAAGAGGCUAAUAAGAAAACAAGAAAUAGAGCAUAUGACGUGCUUAUACAAAUUGGUCAUGCAUAUGGAGAUGAGGAAAAUGGUGGCAAUAAGGAAAACUUGCAUCAGUUCUUCAACAUGGUAGCUGGAUGCUUGGCUGGAGAAACUCCUCAUAUGAUUAGUGCUGCUGUCAAAGGCUUGGCUCGCUUGGCUUACGAAUUUUCUGAUCUGAUUUCUACUGCCUACAAGUUGCUUCCUUCUACAUUCCUCCUCCUCCAAAGAAAGAACAAAGAAAUUGUAAAAGCUAAUUUAGGCCUACUGAAAGUAUUAGUGGCCAAAUCACAAACUGAAGGGUUGCAAGCACACUUGAGGAGUUUGGUGGAAGGCCUGUUGAAGUGGCAAGAUGCUACUAAAAGUCAUUUUAAAGCCAAGGUCAAGCUUCUUUUGGAAAUGCUUAUCCGAAAAUGUGGCCUGGAUGCUGUUAGGGCCGUGAUGCCUGAAGAACACAUGAAAUUACUUACCAACAUACGAAAGAUCAAGGAACGGAAGGAGAGGAAACUUGCAGCUAAUUCUGACGAAGAUCAUUCUCGGCUCUCAAAAGCAACUACAUCCAGGUUUAGUAGAUGGAAUCAUACAAAAAUAUUUUCUGAUAUUGGCGACGAAGGUGAGGACAGCGAUGCUGAAAACACAAAUGGUCAAAGCAAGGCAUCUUCACUGCUGAAAUCUAAGGCAUCUUCUUUACGGUCCAAGAGAAAUCGUGGCCUUAAUAAGAGCUUGCCUGAAGAUUUGUUUGAUCAAUUAGAAGAUGAACCACUGGAUUUACUUGAUCGGCUCAAAACAAGGUCAGCUCUUCGAUCAUCUGAAAACCUCAAAAGGAGGUGUGAAUCUGAUGAUGAGCCAGAGAUAGAUUCUGAAGGGCGAUUGAUAAUUCGCGAAGGAGGGAAACUGAAAAGGUUGUUGGCCUCUGAUCAUAACUCAGAUGCAAGGAGUGAAGCUGGCAGUCUGUUUUCAGUGAACUCGGUUAGAACGCAAAAGCGAAGGAAAACAUUAGAGUCUGGAUGGGCAUACACCGGUACCGAGUAUGCCAGCAAGAAGGCAGGUGGAGAUGUAAAGAGGAAGGAUAAGCUUGAACCAUUUGCAUAUUGGCCCCUUGAUCGUAAGAUGAUGAGCCGUAGACCUGAGCAUCGGGCAGCUGCUAGAAAAGGUAUGGCAAGUGUAGUGAAGAUGACUAAAAAACUUGAAGGGAAGAGUGCCUCGACUUUGCUCUCUUCAAAAUUCAUGAAGUCGAAGAGGAUUCAGAAGAGAGGCAGUAAAAAAAGCAAGUAAAGAAAGUAUGUCCGUGUAUAUCAAUUCUGUUCUCUAAUUAUGUUAGUCGCAUUCAUGGUGGGCUGUUGCUGCAAAUUUUGGAAGGGAAGAAUAUAUUAUGGGUUUAUGUAUAUGAUAGGAACAUGUCAAGUACAGAAAGGCAGGAACAAAGAUGUACUACCAGUUUUCUUAUUUAAUUAUCCAGUGAACAAAAAAAGUUUGAUCAUGAUGUUUCUGUUUAAAUCUCUUUCUCAUCAUACUUUCUUUUAGUAUCACGGACAUUAAUUUAAGGUAUUCUGGAUUGUAUCUACCA